AUGAGUGACAAAACAUUUUUCACCUUACCAAUCGAACUGGUUUACCGAAUAUUCGAUAAUCUUACUAAUUAUUCAUUAUUAUAUUCAAUGAAAAAUGUUUCGAAACAUUUCAAUACAAUUCUGGCUAAGUAUCAUCGUUCUUUCACUAUUUUGGAUCUUAGGUAUGAUCAAAUGACCUUGCAGAAAAUUCAAUAUCUUUCGAAUACUCUCGAAGAUAAUCGAACUAUCACAACAUUAUUCCUGCACAAUAAUCAAAUUGGUUCACAAGGAGCCGAAUAUCUGGCUAAUGCAUUACGACAAAACCAAGCAUUGACUAUAUUAAAUCUGCAUGGAAAUCAUAUUGGAUUGCAAGGAGUACAACAUCUUGCUGUUGCUUUGCAAGAAAAUGAAACAUUAACAUUUCUGGAUCUAUGGGAAAAUGAUAUUGGUGAUCAAGGUGCACAAUAUUUAGCCAAAAGUUUACAGAAAAAUCAGACAUUGACUACACUUGAGAUUGGGAAGAAUCAAAUCAGUUACCAAGGAGUACGAUGUUUUCUUGGUGUUUUAUUAAAAAAUACAACAUUAAGAGAAUUAUAUCUUAGUCAUAAUGAAAUAACUGAUGAAGGAGCAUUGUAUAUGAGCAUUGCUCUGGAAAACAAUCAAACACUCGUUGUAUUAAAUCUUCGCUUCAAUCCAAUAACUACCAUCGGAAAGAAAGAUCUCGGUAAAAUCCGUGAAAAAAAUCCCAAUUUAGAACUCAUCAUAUAA